AUGACGCUGUCGCCGUACCUGGUGGGGAUCGCGCUCAACGUGGGCGCGGUCCGGGCCGCGCUGCCCGAUCAUCCGUCUGCGAUCGCGACGCUGAAGGACGAUAACGAGGUCACCUUUGACCCCCUAGGCGUCGCGGCGGUGCUGCAUAAUCCGCGCGCCAGCCUGAGCGCUGCGCGACUGUACACGCAGUAUGACCACAGCAUCUUCACCUGGCCGCACACGAUGAUGAUGGGCGCGGCGCUGAUCCCCGUCAAGGUGCUGGUCGAGCAUCUAACGGCCACCUUCCAGUCGAUCCAUCCGGCCAUCAGCCUGUGCACGCGCGACACCCAGACUCUGGCUGUCGUGUCCAAUAUGGUCUUCAAGGAGUUUCCGCUCGACUUUAGCAAGAUGUGGGUGGGUGAUGUGAUCGCGUACAAGUCGUCCACCAAACCCGUCAACGACUUUAUGAUUGUCUGCAUGGAUGAGGAGCUGGCCCAAGACCGGCAACAUCAAGGUCCGUCCAAGGCUACCAGGUGGCUGGGCCGCCGUGUUCUCGACGCCAUCAUGAUUAUGAAUGGCAUGAUUUUGGCAGUCGGCGCCAUACUGGGCUCCCUGUACAUCGAUAUUUGGGCUAUCACCCUCUUUUGCUUCUAUCUGAUUCACUGUGUUGCCGGAUUUGCCAUCUCGCACACCCCACUCGUGGUUCCGCAAAAAAUGACCAUCAAGGAUGAUAGCACAGUUCGCUACGCUAUCUACCAACGUCCUGCGGGUGGUACGGUCGUUUUCAAGGGCCGGCAAGACACAAUGGAAAGGUGGGCGCGAAUCACCUGGGAGUUUAAGCGUUCUUUUUACAACGACUGUCUGCAUUGGUUUUGGAUGAUUAGUGGCACACUUUCUGCCAUUGCCUCCGUGGCCUGCAUGGUCAACAUGCAGGGUUUCAUUCAGCUAAUCUUUCUCGGCCAGCUAGUCUACGCCUCUCUCGCCGAGAUUGUCGCUACGCGCGUGGCUCGCAUCCUGGGUGGCCAGGCCAACGCAUCCAAUCGUACGUAUCUGGUGUCUGGCAACACGUUUCGUACCAACGGAAUCAUCCGCGCUACUAUCGAAGCGGAUGCGCAAUUCCGGCUGGUUGGGCUCGACUGGGUUGGUCUGAAGCGUAUGCCCGCCGACCGGAUUUUCAUCGAUAUGCAGGACCUGCUCCUCAAGCAAAUCAACGAGGUUCAAGAACGCAUCGAAGCGGGGAAUGACGUGGACAGUGUGCCAGAAAGCGAUCCCGCGAGCCAUCCGGAUGUGAUGGCUGCUUUUGAGGCGUUUCGGGCCAAUCGCACAGACGACGAGGAUCCUGUCUUGGUGCAGCGUAUCCAGGACGAGACCCGCACGGCUUUGCAAACGUGGUGGGAGAAACGGAGAAAGACGGCGGAUGGAGGUGCGAGGAAUGGAAGGCCUCCGGUUUGA